CUCGUUUCUCCUGAAAGGGAGGCAACUCUAAACCAAUGUGUAUUUUCGAAAAUGGCCUUGCGAUCGAUUUGGGCUCUUGGAGCGAUAAUUUACUCCAACAUUCGCCCGCGUGUUCUUACAAAACUUUCAAAACUUGGCUUGCGGACGUUUCCUUUGACACACAGUCCAAAUCUGAGUCGUGUUUUGUUGUGUCAAACAUCGAAAUCAUCUAGACAGAACUUUCCCCAAUUGUCCACCCUCGCAUUCACAAAGCAUGAAGAUGGUUUGGGUAGUAAAAUAUGUGCGAGCAAUGUGCCUGUCUCCAAAGUGGACCAACGCCAGAACACACGGUCUUUCUCUACAGGAAUUGACGAGAGUGGGAAAAAACGUAGAAUUCCAUUGAAGUUAAUGGAAUUUCCUGAAAUUUUAUGGCCUAAUAUUAUAAAAUCAAUGAAAAAUAGAAUUUUUGCCUUUUUGAUAACAGGUUAUUUUGAUAAAUCAUUCACGAUUGACUCUUUCAUAGAUGGAUGCAUACAGGCUGUGUCCCUUGUAUCCAGCUGCAUAUCAGUGGGCAACUUUGACAGCCUGCAGGGACUAGUGGAAGAUGAGGCCAUUCAGGAAAUCAGGAACUCAUACGCAGAUUUAGAUGUCGGUCAGAGAAGAUUUAUCUGUGUUAAUCCUCGGGAUAUCUUCUUCCGCUUUGUGUACGAGAUCGGCAUGAUAUUUGAUGACCACUCAGAGAGAAGAUUUGUAGAGGUCACAGUGGUGCUUCAGGGUUUCCAUGGUUACAAUGAGGCCAAAGAAAAGGAGCCUGUGGAAUAUUACAAUGAGGUUCGAGACAACCAAGAAAGAUUGUAUAUAUGCAACUAUAGGUUUAUCCGAGAGUUCACAAAAGGCAUGGAAGGAGAUUGGAGCAUCAACAAGCUCAACCACUUCUCUCCCAAAGAAUUUACAAUGAUAUGAAAGACUUGUGAUGGACAAUAUGUACAAUUUAGAUGAAAUGUUUAACAUGUUUAAUCUGGCACUGGGAAAUAUGAAGAGCAGUUGUGCCCUAACACAGUUUUACAGUGGGAAUAUCAUGCUAUACACAGAACUUUAACAUGUUACGGUAGAGACAAUGAAAAGAAUCUUUACUGCUUCUAAAGUCAUUCUUAAAUUUGUUGUUGUGUUGCUUAAGUUGUUGAAUUGAUUUUUUUUAACAAUGGUUUGUUUUUUCGACAUGUACAUUUGUGAUUUCAGUGAACACUGCUAGAGCAAGGUAUUAAAUGAUGUUGAGAGUAUUGGUUCUCUGAUCAAAAUGGCCGACAGUGAUGGAAAAGUGUGCCUGCACAGUUACUAUUCCACCAGUUAAAGACUAGUGAAGCUCUGGAAGUACUAGUUGUUUUAAGCAUGAAGCUACUAGUCCACUAGGAGCAGUCGACUACAUGUGUAGUUGGAUUUAACUCAAGGUGUCGAUCCCUGCUGGAGAUUUAGCAUGUUUAGCCAUGACCAGAAUUAUUAUAAAAUGUUCAUUUUUUUACGACCCUCCCCCAGAUAUGUUUAUUAUAUUUUUUUUACCCUCCCCUAGAGACUGUCAUAUUGUUUGAUGACCCUCCCCUCAUUCUCUUUGACCCACCCACCCUUGUAAAAAGUUACUGGUACCUAAGGCUUUAAAAUAUGUUUGCUUCUUAUUGCUAUAUGCAUGAAGGGCCCAGCCCAUGUUGAUGGAAGAGCAUCACAUAGCACUAAAAGAGCGUUUGUUUCUGGUCAAGGUUCUGCUUCUUUCUGGGUAGGUAGAUUUAGUCCUUCAUCUCAAAUUCCUGAGUUGCCAAAUCAUGAUCCUUGGUCUUAGUUCUGCCUGUUAGUUUCACUGAAGAGGAACAUAUCCAUGACUCGAAGCACUUUCAGAUUUCCUCCCCACAUUAAUCUGGCAGUUUUUGUUAUCCAUGAAAUACUGUCGAAGGCAGCUAAAGGUUAAACCUGACAUUACACUGACAGCCUGCAGAAACUAUUAUUUGUAAUCUCCUCGUUUCACAAUUUGUGGAAACAACUGGUUUGGUUUCUUGAGAACUGACACUUUUGUUAAGAAUUGGAUUUGUUAAAUUGUUAAUUGUGGCAGCUAAUUGACUUUUAUCCAAUAUACAUCAAUGAUCCAUUGAUUAUGAUUUACCUUUUCUCAGACAAUGGCCCCAUUAGUUCUAAAAUUAUUUCAUUAUUUCAAAAUAUUUUGAAGCUGAAGGGGAGCCUGGCAGAACAGACCACCUCCGUGGUCUUGUGGAAGAGUGACCGCCCAGAGUCACAUAAGGUCUGGGGUUCGAUCAUCAGCCGUGUCAUACCAAAAGACUUUAAAAGAUGGUACUUGUUGUUACCCACAGCAUAAAGAGGCUAAAACAAGGACAGC